AUGGGUCAAAAAAGACGCAGAUCCUCAAAAGUUUGUGAUUUUUGCAAGCGUAGAAAAGUCAAAUGUGAUCUUGGUAAUCCAUGUUCUAUGUGUGUUAAAUAUAAAAAGUUCCCCUGUGUUUAUUCGGAACAUAAUACAGAGGUACCCAAACCCAAAAAGAAAAAGCUAAGUUCAAUUAAAUCGGAGGUUACUAAUACGAAUGAUACAAACGGUAGUGUGGGUAGUAAUGGCAGUUCAAUUAGUUUUGCAUCAGCCGCAACAUCAAUCCCCAGUAGCAUGACAUAUGCAAACCCUUACGUAUUUGAACCAAACAUUUCCAAAAAUAACGACAGCACUGGUGUCAACGUAAAUAAUAAUGAAAUUUGUCCCACGUUAUUCCAGACUUCCACAACUGUUGGUGGAGGUUCUGCUAUUGUGCAUAACGAAUUAUCAUUCUUAAAGGAGAAACUCAAGUCAUUGGAGGAUACACUACUACUGAAAAAAGAUACGGCACAGACUAACAAUAAUGUUGUCAGCAGUUCAAGUUGUAGCCCAAACGAUUCAGUACAUAGUCAGAAACCGUAUUAUAUUCCUUCGCUUACAAACACUCCUAUUGAGCUGACUUCAUUAUUGGGUAUAAAUCCUGUGGCUUCUGAUACCGAAACAAUCAAUUUUUAUCGAGGUUAUAAUGGAACGACGGAUAAAGAGCCUCUUCAGAAACGAAAUCAUGGACCAUUGAGUUGGGUAGCUUUAACAAAAGCAGAUAAUGCCAUGAGUACUCUUUGGGCUCAUAUUCAUAUUGUAAAAGAACAGAUCCGCACAAGGAUGUUAGCUAUUUCCGAUAAUGCCCCUCAAGUGGAUAAAGACUUUAUUGAAAAGGCUAUAUAUGACGAAGGGCAAGACAAUUUGCGACCAUUUAGAGAUACUGUGGAAAAGGAUCCCAAAAAGCCUCCAACCCCUGCCAGUAUAACCCAUUUGAAGACCAAUUCACAAUCACAGAAGUCAUUGAAUCAAAAGGCGUUGUGCCUCGGCUUACUGUUUUAUCGAGGAGGAUUAGAUCAGGAAUUGGAGCUUGUUGAAAAAAUCAGAUUGGUAUUACCAAAGCAGGAAAUCAUUUGGUUAUUAUUUAAGAGAUUUUUUACCCAUUUGUACCCUGCGAUGCCUAUUCUUGAUGAAGUUGUGUUGAAAGAAGAAUUGCAAAAGUUGAUUGGUCCUGAAGAUUAUUCUGCAUCUCAAGUGAGUGUUAAAAUUGAGAAAAAGUUGGAUUUUGCUUAUUUGGGGAUUUUACUACUUGUUCUUCGCUUAAGUUAUAUUUCGUUAUUCUCGUAUGAUUUGUCUAUUAAUGAGAAUUAUUUCACUACUGAAGAUCCAUCGCCUAAAGCCCAACAAGUCAAAUUUUUAUUGAAUAACCCAAUUAAUCUUGAUGUCGUUAAUAUUGCCCAAGAAUGCUUCAACCAAUUUAACAUUAUGAGGAACUGCAACAUGACAUUGAUGCAAUUAGCAUUACUUACAAGAAUUUAUCACCAGGUUUCUCCAGAAGAUGGUGACGGUAUUGAUGGGGGUGAUUCCCAAAUUUUCACUGGUAUGUUGGUGCAAAUGGCUUAUUCUUUAGGAUUGCACAGAGACCCAGAUAUUGUUCCUGAUUCCUCUAAAGAUCAAAAAUUGAACAAUUUGGGAAGGAAAAUUUGGUACAUGGUUCUUGUUCAAGAUUUUGGCAAUGCGAUGGGUAGUGGCAGCAUGCUUUGUGUUAAUGUUGAUUCCUUUGAUACUAAAAUACCUUUCUAUGUUCCUGGUAACGAAAACGUGAUUGAUGUUGAAGUUGAGAAAGUGGCUAGUAGUUGUUUCCCGAAUCUUGAAAGCACAUAUAACCCUUUAUGUGAACUUUUGAAUAUGAUUCUUCGAGUUAAAGGCGAGGUUAAGAUGAUUGAUUUGAGUAAGAAAAUGGAAUUGAUGGAAAAUCAUUUUAAGGAUAGAUAUAGAAACUUGAAGUCCCAAUCAGAAGAUUCUAAAAACUCAAUGCCUGCAACAUUAAAGAAAAAGAUAUUUUUUUCCGCUAACCUCUUUAUGGUGUCCAUAUAUAUGCAUAUUUUCAAUUAUUAUGAAACCAAGCAAAAUGUUGAAUUGUCGUUUUUUUAUUUGAAAAAGAUGUUUGUCACUACCAUUUUUCAAACCAUGCCAUACUUUACCGAGUAUGUGACCAAUACAAAUGAUGUGUUCAACUCAGGUUCUGAUAUUAUUGCCAUUCCAGGAUACGAGUCAGUGGCUCAUAAGUCAUUAAUUGUUAUUGCAGCCGUUUAUCUUCGUCUCAUGUACCGUAUUAGAAUGUUGAAAAUUCGAUAUGAUCAUAACACUCGGAUGAACUCUGAUGCGAACGAAGAUGAGGAGUAUAAGUUAUAUUUUAAUAAGCUAGUCAAAUGUAGUGAUUUGUUGAUUGAAUGCCGUGAAAUAUUUAGAUGUGGCUUAGCGAAAUUGUCCAAUCGUUAUUAUUAUGCCUGGAGAGUGACGAAAGCGCAAAACUUUAUUGGUUCAAUGAUAACAGAGAAGUUUUUUGAGAGUUAUAAGCCGAAAUCUGUGCACAAUGGAUAUUCAACAGAAAUGGUUACUGAAUUGAUAUAUAUAUUAGAAAGUUCAUUGAAAAGAGUGAGAGAACUGAAAAGAUUAAGGAAAUUGCAUCAAAAACUGAUGGAAAAUAAGUCUCAUAAUAAGAAAGUGCUCCAAAAGCUGUAUAGUCAUCUGCUGUACCAGCAUACAUCGCAACAACAACAACAACAACAACAACAACAACAACAGCAGCAGCAGCAGCAGCAGCAACAAACUCAAACUCAAAUUCAAAUUCAAGCUCAAGCUCAAUUCCAAAGUCAUUCAUGGAAUGACACUGGAGCUAACACUCAGUAUUCAUACAACGAUCAAAGUCUGUUUGGCGAUACAAACCUUUCAAAUGACCAAACUUCAAUGGCAUCAAAUACCAGUUCUGAUGUUGACAUCAAUGAUUACAAAACCAAUGAUGAGAUUGAUAGUAUUUGGUUGCAAAUGAUGAAUUUAAAGAAUCAAGAUGCUAUUGGGACACCAGGAAAUACCCAGUUUGGUGGUAGUGGUAAUUGGACAACAAGUUUCCAAUUUGAUCAAUCAAAUAUGGCGGCUUCUCAAGUAUCAAAUACUCCUGGUGUGAAUGUUGCAAAUGCGUCACUUGGACAAGGAUCUGAGUUAACUAGUGGAGGUAAUGACAUGGGUAAUGUUAAUUACACUAAUAAUGCCAGUGGAGCUGGUACAAAUGGUUUAUUCAAUCCUAUACCCAAUCUUCCAAAUACGUUGAUUGAUGUGAAUAAUUUAUUUGAGAAUGUUCCACUCGAUGAAUUAUUUAAAGAUUUCUCGUAA